AUGCUGACCAAGAACCAUGCGGAUGACAACCUGUCACGGAGUCGACAUGUGCGGGACCCGGAAAUGUGUGUCGAUUACUUGUCCUAUCGCUUUGACGAGAUGGAUCUCGCAGCUUCAUGGCGUGUCAUGACCAAGCAAAAGAAGGAGGUUGUUAACGGGAUACGGCUUGAGAAUGCAUCAUGGCGGACGUGGGCUAAGCAUAAAUACAAUCUCAAGACUGUGAGCCCCGAGACACUUAACUGGCUGAAGGAUAGUGAUGUAACAUGGCUAUAUGGUCCAUUGCAUACGGUUAUCAAGAACAUUGAUGAAGAGGAUCGCUAUGCCCAACCCAAGAUAUCAAAGACGGAAGAUACUUUAGGCCUCAUGACCCGAACAACAAGAGGACAGCCUCAAUCUCCUCGGCCUGAACAACCACCGCUCAAAUCGGCUUUGAAAAAGGUGACAACAUCGGAUUUAUUACGACGUUCAGCUAUCGAAUUACCCAAUCUUGUCAAUGAUACACCUGCUGCAAAGGCAUCUGCACCAAAAGCAACCAUGAUCGACGACGACGAAGAAGAAGAAUCGGCAUCCGCUACAACUACAACAUCGUCAUCCAACAUGUCACUCACUGAAGCAAACAAGAAACUCAAGGUCUUUUCACCUUCAAUUGUUGCGACCCAUCGACAACCAAAACUUCGAUUCAAUCAAUACGUUGAGCAAUGUGUUGCAUUGAGCACAGGCGAACCAUCAUCUUCAUCUUCAUCAUUUAUCCAAAAGCCUGGACGACGAGCACGAUUUGAGAACAUGGACGACGAAGACGAUGAUCAUGAAGAAGGAGACGACGACGACAAUCAUUCUUAUUUAUACACCGAGGAUGACGAUGACAGCAACCAUUUAUCACAAUCGGCAGUACCACGAUCAUCUAUCAAAAAGAUUGCACCCACACGACUCAAAACAAGCUCACAAUCAGAGCAAGAAACAGACGAUGUGUCAUCACUUUCUUCAUCCUCUUCAUCAUUUCGAGCAGAGCACAACCAUCGUUGGACGAUAGAUCAUGCGAAUGAUGACCACGACGAGGAUGAUGGAUCGUCUUCUUCGGAGAAUGAGGAAAUUGAGAUUCGAUCCCGACAGCAUCACACUGGCACAAGUCCUCCACAAGCUAUUCAAUGGGUAGGGCAAUCCUGCGUAUACAAUCAUCAACCACCCAUUGAUUACGAUGAAGAAGAUGAUUAUGGAUUCGAUGAUGACGAUGAUUGGGAUACCCACGAUGAAGAAGACAAUCAUAUAUCAUCUUCACCUACAACAGCGACUUCUCCUCCCACCAUGAAUCACUUUCUUUCUCCUCCAGGCCAACAGGGCUUUGGAAAGGCAUUACCAGUGAGCGAACCAUGUACGAUUGAUGCUACUGAGCCAUCCAUGUCACGUUCAACGAGUCAGCAUUCCUCUACUGUGGUUGAUAUGCAUCGAAAUAUGGAUCAACGAAGCACCGGCACCACCAACAAUGCAUCAUCAUCAUCAUCAUCCUCUAACAUUUUCACCAAUUUCACUCAAUGGGCUUCAUCAUACCUUUGGUCAAAACCAUCCUCAUCAUCUCGCCAACAAUGA